AUGCGGCGUUGUAAGCACUCAGCUGUCAUCGAACAUCUCUCGUCUACACAGAGCUCUCUCGCCGACUCGCUGCGCCUCCAACGUCUGAUAGACCAGCUCCCGGAUGGCGAUGCUCAGCGGCCCUUGGUCUUAGCAUGUAUCGGCACAACAGAGAAACAGGUCGCAGUCGAACAGCUCCUCCUAGCCGACAAGGUUACUGCAUGCAAAACACAUCCUAGCUUGUGCAAUGCGUUCUUGGAUUCCAGUACGAAGGACAGCGACCAUCCUAUUAUCCUGCUGGACAUUGAUGUGACCAGCGGGCCUGCGGUGCACCAUGCACAGUCGCUUUGCCAUCAAUUCCGGCCGCUCCCGGCACAAUCAGCAGAGGUCGCGGAAAGCGUCCGCCUGCAGUUGGUCCGAGACGUCUUUCUUCCCUUUUCUGAUGUGGUCUGCAUCUUCGCCGACGAUUUCGGAGGCUUAAGCAGCGUCCUACGAUUCAUACGUUCAUGCGAAGAUGUUCCAGGACCCAAAGCGUCGAGUCCGCUCAACACGCGCUUUAUUGUCGUCUCCUCAUCUAAGGAUGGCUCUAGUUCCGCCGAUCUUGACGAGGCCGACUUCCUGGACGAUGCUCGCAAGCUUGAGCAGUUACAGAUGCUGGGGUCCAUCUCAGUGGAGUACGUGCUCGGGACCGGGUCGAAGGGUGCACGUUACGCGGCGCUACGACGCAGAUUGGCCGAUCAUGAACUUGAAGCAGCACGAGCCGAGCGUCUCAUAGGUAUGAGGCUUUUCUGCGGGACUCACCUUGCUUCACUGUUCUCCCAGUGCUUGGAGCACACGGUGUCGGAUUCGGUCGCCGAAUUCGACGUCUUCCUCGCCAGCCGGCGUGGUGUAAGCACCCUACCGAACCUGGCAGACUGUCUUACUGCGGUCCUGCACACUCUUGAAGGCCCUCCGCAUGGCGCCCUUGUGACCGUGAUUGCAACGAGCCUACUUAUGGAUGCAUACCCUCGAAGCUCGCACCGUGAGUGCCCCCAGUCUUGA